AUGUCCGUCGCGAGAUGCCAGGAUAGUAUUGGCGACAGCUGCACUACAAAAGAGGACCUUCCAGGGGUCUGCAUAUUGUACAAAGAAUGCAAAUAUGCUCGGGACCUGGUGAACGUGAAGAGGAUGAAGCCAACGGACUGUUUCUACAUGGAUAGUCUUAGAGUGGUCUGCUGUCCCACUGAAGAGGCGCCCACGACGGAAACAAGGCCCUUGAUAGGGGCGGAGACGACCACAAAAGCAAGCACUGAAGAACAUGAAGACACAGAUAGUCCCGUCGAGAUGGACUACCUGCUCGCGCUAACAGAAGGGGUCAUGAGGUUCAAUCGAACGGUGUGUCGUAACGACGGCAACUUUCCGAUAACGUGUUGCCAUCAAGAGUACCCCACCUACACGUUAGAUCGCGAUUGGAACCCACCGCACUGCCCUCCGCUGCCACGGCCGGAGAUCGAGAGAGAAAUGGAUUUCACUCCUCACUUACAAGUCAUCUGGGAAGCAUGCCUCAACUACUCCAUGGAGGGCAGCAGAUGCAUCCCGAGCCAAGAAUUCCCCAACCAGUACCAAAGGGACCAGUGCCUUGAUGAGCAAACCGGGACCAAGGUGGCGGACGGUGUACCAGCAAACUUGAAGCAGUUCCCGCACAUGGUGGUUUUCGGAACGAAUGACGUGAAUAUGUCAAAGAGAAAGAACAAGAAGAUCAUAUGGUACGGCGGGGGGUCGCUCAUCAGCGAGUACUUCGUAUUGACGGCCGGCCACGUGCUUCUUAACAAUGAGCAUGGCCUGGUACAAUACGCGCUUCUGGGGGCAAGGAACAAGACUGACCUCAGGUCGGGGGUACUAUACCAUGUGGCAAGAGCGAUCCCCCACCCAAUGUACAAGUGGGGUUAUAAGCCUAACGAUAUUGCGCUCGUGGAACUGAGCAGACGGGUGAGCUUCACAGAGUUCAUUAGGCCACUCUGCUUUAAAGUGCCGGGACUUCAGAUCACCUCCGAGAGGGCCGUAGCGGGAUGGGGCCGUACGGGGCACGGAAAAGAUACAAGCGAAAUCCUUCUGACGGCGCUGAUCUAUGAAAUGCCCGGCUCGAAUUGCAAGAGGGCGCUCCGUUCCAAAUACUUCAAUUGGGACGAUGAGACGAUGAUCUGCAGCGGGGCCCACCAACUCUACUCCCAUGGGCUACCGGACACUUGCCAGGGGGACAGUGGGGGCCCGCUGAUGGCCAGAAUCAAGGAUUUGCCAUGCUCCAGCGUGGUGGUGGGGGUGGUGUCGUGGGGCGCCAGGUGCGGCGUGGGUGAACCGGCAUCCUACACCAACGCGACCUACAUCGGAUACCUCGAGUGGAUCGCAGGCGUUGUCUGGCCCGACAGGCUAAAACAGAAGCUGGACAUGCAAAUAACUCUUUAC